UCUGCUUUUUGCUCUACUCGCACCGGAUAUGUCGUUGAUCUUGACCUUUCCUUCGGCCCAAGUCAGUCUGUCAUGUAGCUGCAAGCUACAUUCUUCUAAAAGUAGUAGACAAUGCACUUAUCUCCGCUGUAAAUGGUGUUGCCUACGAGCAGGUAUUUGCCAAAGUGUAACAGUUACAUAUGAAGUCAUAAUUUUUCGGGAACAAUGGUGAAGUAGUUUGCCUGCAUGGGUCAUCUGAAAAGUUCCUGGGACCAAGUCUGCAUCGCUUUCUGGGAGCGAUACCCCAACCCCUACAGUAACCACGUCCUGACGGAGGACAUCAUCUUCAGGGAGGUAACUCCCGGUAACCGUCUGGUCUCUAGGCGACUGCUGACCAAAACUAACCGCGCCCCUCGCUGGGUGGAGAAGUACCUGCCGGUUACCGUGGCCAGGCACGCCUACAUCAUCGAGGAUUCCAUCGUGGACCCCCAGAACAGAACCAUGACAACGCUGACUUGGAACAUCAGCCACGCACGUAUGAUGUCUGUGGAGGAGCGUUGUGAGUACAGAAUUAACCCUGACAACACCAGCUGGACGGAGAUUAACAGAGAGGCCUGGAUCUCGUCUAACCUCUACGGGCUCUCCAGAGCUAUACAGGAAUUCGGCCUUGCCCGGUUCAAGACCAGUGUUACGAAGACCAUGAAAGGGUUUGAAUACGUCCUGGCCAAAAUGCAAGGUGAGGCCCCCUCCAGGACCCUGGCUGAGCAUGCUACAGAGAGGGCCAGGGAGACGGCUCUGGCAGCUAAAGAGAAAGCUAAAGACCUGGCCUCACAGGCUCACAAGAAACAACAGUAUGUCUGAGCUGCCAGUGUAGGGUGACGUCGCCCCUACACACUGAUAUGUUUAGGAUUGGCGGAGGGGAAGCUGAUCAUAGAAACUUAGAAACCCAGAAUGCGAGUUGCCAGUGGGAGGAAAUAGACAUUGGCCCCUGUCAGUCCUGCCUUGAUUCAAAGACUAUUUCAUAUUCAUUUCAAAUACUUUAUCUGGGAUCGAUUGAGCAUGCCUGGCUGGCACAAUGGAACCACUCCGGGCAGGCUCAAGCAAUAGCGAAAUGUUUGUUUUGGUCUGGUUGUCCCUAACCAGACCUGGGAUCAGAUCUUAUUGAGCCCCCUAAAGGGUAGAUUGAGGAAGGGGAAUCUGAUCCUAGAUCUGUGGUUAGAGAUGCAAAACUCCGUAAAUAACUAAAAUUACCAGGUUUUCCCAGAACUUGAAAGAUUACCGUAAGAAGGAAAUCCGGAAAUCCUCUAACCAGGGUUUCUGGAAAAACGGGUAAUUUUGUGACUCGAGGUGUGACAGUGAUCUAGGGGAUGAACCAUUACAGUUAAAGCCAGUUGAUGCUGAAUCUGAUAAAGUGGUGGAAACCAUAUGGAGGGUGCGAUGCAAUGGAGGCUCCGGAGGCAUGCAGAGGCCAAAUCAAGCUCCAAUACCGCAUUGCUGUGGCACCUCUCAAAUGUUGUAACAAUGUGGAGGGCUCCGUAAAGCACCGCAUUGACACGAUUGGUUGAUGGUAGGUGAGGGCGGGAAGUCCUGUAUAAACACAAACUCACUUCCUCGAACAACUUCCUUCACAACAGCUCCGGGAAGCCCCAAAAGUACGUUUGCUCUGACUUCUGCAGAGGCCGCAUUACAGUAAAACGCUGUACUGCCGCAUUACAGUAAAACGCUGUACUGCCGCAUUACAGUAAAACGCUGUACUGCCGCAUUACAGUAAAACGCUGUACUGCCGCAUUACAGUAAAACGCUGUACUGCCGCAUUACAGUAAAACGCUGUACUGCCGCAUUACGGUAAAACGCUGUACUGCCGCGACACGGUAAAACGCUGUACUGCCGCAUUACAGUAAAACGCUGUACUGCCGCAUUACAGUAAAACGCUGUACUGCCGCAUUACAGUAAAACGCUGUACUGCCGCAUUACAGUAAAACGCUGUACUGCCGCGACACAGUAAUACGCUGUACUGCCGCAUUACAGUAAAACGCUGUACUGCCGCGACACAGUAAUACGCUGUACUGCCGCAUUACAGUAAAACGCUGUACUGCCGCAUUACAGUAAAACGCUGUACUGCCGCAUUACAGUAAAACGCUGUACUGCCGCAUUACAGUAAAACGCUGUACUGCCGCAUUACAGUAAAACGCUGUACUGCCACUGCAGACAUCGGAUUGACCAUGCAGCACCUUUUUAAGACUCUGUCUUCUAACACAAGUGUCUGGGCUGGGUCUCAACAGUCCUCACUAGCUUCCUUUCCUUGUCUCCUUUCCUUCAGUACAGUACUCUAACAGGGAGGUGAAAGCGCUGGGCUAGUUUCCAUUUUACUUCCUCCACCUGUCAUGGUGUUAUCAGUUAGUGUGUAGAUGCUUAUCUGAAUGAGACAAACCCGCAGAAAUGAAAGGUUACAUAUUAGUAGCAGGAAGUGAAAGGAGAUGAGAAAUGGAACCCAAUGAGGCUAACCGCUAUAGAAGUGGUGACUGUACCUCAGAGAAAUGUAAACGGAGUCACGAGAUUGAUCUUGUUGGAGGUAUCGGGGACAGGACAACACCAGUCCCAGCCAGCAGGUGGUCUAAUGUGCACGGUCGGCGUUGGUCGGUCUUGUCCUUUAUGGUAACUCGCUAGUACAAGAGACUGGUUCAUGUCUCCAGAAAUGACUGUGUGACUCGAGUUGUUUUUGUGAUUCUACUGAAUACUGGCGUAGUCGUAAGGGGACGAGGGAGUUCCACACAGUUGGGUGAAACUGUUCCCUAGACGCUGAUAUUGAGUCGGUCUUUUGCAUUUUUCCCAAUAAUGGCUAAGGUUAGGAUUGGUAGAGGGGAAGCUGAUCCUAGAUCUGUAGGCCUCACCAUCAUUCCCUCCAACUCUGUGGGUUGAGUCCCAAAUGGCUCCCUAUAUAGUGUACUACUUUUAACCAGAGACUUAUGGACUCUUUUUUAACCUCUUGUGCACUUGUGUCUUCUCCGUUACGGGACGCAUUUCUCCUGUCUGUUGUAAUUCCUUUUACCUUCAUAUAGUUUUGUUUCUCACACUGUUGAUGAGACGGACUACAUUAUCUUCAGUUACUGUAGAUUUAGGCUUAACGAUUUGUAAAUAUUUAUCUUUUUCAAAAUCAUCGUUUGUUUUCUGCUAACUAGACUACUUAAAAAAAAAGCCAAUCUCAAAAGAAAUCUCACUGAAUCUUGAUUCUUCGCUACAGGUUAAUUGAUUUCAGUUAUGGCGCUACAUUUAAUUUGUUUUGAUUCAGAAUGAUAAUUCAUUGCUUCAAAUUGAAGUUGUUACUAGUGUGAUGAGGGGGGGCGGUCCAUGUUAUUUUGCAGUCGUUACUUGAAAGUGAUCCGCCUUGCCUAGAGGGAGAGGGCUGCUACUUGGCUAGAGGGAGGAGAGGGCUGCUACUUGGCUAGAGGGAGGAGAGGGCUGCUACUUGGCUAGAGGGAGGAGAGGGCUGCUACUUGGCUAGAGGGAGAGGGCUGCUACUUGGCUCUCUCUUGACAUUGUGAAAAGACAGGAUUGCUGUGGAUAUCAAUGUCUGUAUGUAUGCUUGAAGAAAUUAGCUUCAGAAAAUGAGCCAAAUUUGCUAAAAAUAAAUGGUAUAAUUACACUUAAAGACAUGCUCCGGAACUUUGACUGGUAUAAUUACACUUAAAGACAUGCUCCGGAACUUUGACUGGUAUAAUUACACUUAAAGACAUGCUCUGGAACUUUGACUGGUAUAAUUACACUUAAAGACAUGCUCCGGAACUUUGACUGGUAUAAUUACACUUAAAGACAUGCUCUGGAACUUUGACUGGUAUAAUUACACUUAAAGACAUGCUCUGGAACUUUGACUGGUAUAAUUACACUUAAAGACAUGCUCUGGAACUUUGACUGGUAUAAUUACACUUAAAGACAUGCUCCGGAACUUUGACUGGUAUAAUUACACUUAAAGACAUGCUCUGGAACUUUGACUGGUAUAAUUACACUUAAAGACAUGCUCCGGAACUUUGACUGGUAUAAUUACACUUAAAGACAUGCUCUGGAACUUUGACUGGUAUAAUUACACUUAAAGACAUGCUCCGGAACUUUGACUGGUAUAAUUACACUUAAAGACAUGCUCCGGAACUUUGACAACUGCUAUGUUUUUUUUUGUAAACCUUCCCGCUUUGAGCUGGAUGUGUCAAUGUGUAGUUAGUUUAAGCAAUAAGGCGUGCCGGGGAGGGGGGGGUGGUAUAUGGCACGUCGCAACGUGGUGUGCCUGGUCACAGCCCUUAGCCGUGGUAUAUUGGUCCAUAUACCACAAACUCCCCCGAUGCCUUAUUGCUAUUAUAAACUGGUUGCCAAUGGUAAUUAGAGCAGUAAAAAUGAAUGUUUUGUCAUCUCCGUGGUAUACGGUCUGAUGUACCACGGCUGUCAGCCAAUCAGCAAUUCAAGGCCUCUGACCACCGAGUUUUAUAAAACAUGAGAAAAUCUAUGAGCAGAAUUACUAUUUUUUUUUUUACUUCAAUUCGCCAUGAAAUCCCUCAUUUGAAAGAGACUGUUUUUCGAACCCUUUUCCCCCUUACAUGGACCAGUCGCCAAGCAAUUAAACUUCUGAACUUCAGCCCCCUCUCCAUUUUGAGUGACAGCUAGUACGGUUGCACACACAGCAGAGCGAGAAGAGGAGCAAUGACAUGGUACACGUGUAUGACGUAGUACACCGUUCUCGGGUACCACUUUUAGCUCAUGAGCGGCUAUAAAAGUACACAAGGACCUGAGAUUUUUUUUUUUUAAGAAAAUGAAUGAAUACAAAAUGUAUGAAUGUGCUAUGUUUGAGCAACACUAUCGACUUAUUGAUGAAUACUAAUAAAUAUUUUCAUUUUCUGAA